ACGGCAUAAAUGUGAAUUGCUUGCGCUGCGUUACUUGUACACGGCUGUUCUGUGCUUCGCAACGAAUUAUGUCUGCCCUCGUGAGACGUAUAAUCAGCUCGACCAAGGCUCCUGCUGCCAUUGGACCGUACAGCCAAGCUGUGGUGGUUGAUCGCACCAUGUAUAUUUCGGGGCAACUGGGAAUGGAUGUUACUUCGGGGCAGCUCGUCGCUGGAGGGGUGUUGGAAGAAGCCCGCCAGGCUCUUGUGAACAUGGGGGAAAUUCUAAAAGCCGCAGGAUGUGACUAUAAUAAUGUGGUCAAGACAACAGUCCUUCUGGCAGAUAUAAAUGACUUCAAUGGAGUAAAUGACAUUUAUAAGCAGUUUUUCAAGAGUCAUUUCCCUGCAAGAGCAGCAUACCAGGUGGCAGCACUGCCAAGGGGUGGCCGCGUUGAGAUUGAAGCAGUUGCUGUCAUUGGACCAGUUCAAGAUGCACCACAAAGCUGACAGAAACUUCAGUCAGAUAGCAAACUGUAGCGCAUCACCCAGAAACUGCGCCGUCUCUGGAUGUAGGUGGAGACACGUGUUGAACCAAUUAGACUUAGAGCUCACUAACUUUUUAAUUUGCUUAAUUUAUAUUUAGAAAUUCGUUGCUUCACUUCAUUUCCAUAUUUCCUCCAUUUCUAACAGAUUAUUGUAUUGAUUGUUAGAUCUACUUGUGUUUUUAAAGGAGACCGUGCAGAAGACAUUGUUUUUUUUUUUUUCCAACUUUAUACAUAUAAACAGAAAUAAAAUAAAAAAUAUAUUCUUUCUGGCACUCAGCUGGUCUGUAUUUAUAACAUAACAUUCUCACACUUGCUAAAUCUAAAUCAGAGUCACGAGGAGCAUUGCGGCCUAUAUUGGAAUUUUUAGGUGUGAGGAAAAACCAACCUGAAAAGAGCAAAUUUAACUUACUGAGCAGGUGUUUGGAAUGCUGGAGAAAAACAGAUUAGAAAUGAGAGCCAAGAAAAGUGUGCAGAUGUUAUCCAGAUAAUAAUCAGCUGGGGUCGAAACCCAGAAUGGCCGAUGUGUGUGGAAGUAGCACUAACCAUUCUGCCACAGUUUGGCUUAGAAAAGAAAUAAAUGUUCAGAUAAUCAUUUCAUGUUUUCACUAAUUUCAAGUGGAAAAGAAAAAAAUCAAGUCAUUCUCUUUAUUUUCACAUUUCAUUAGAUGGAUAAAAUUGCAUGUUAGCAGGCCUGGCUUCCCCUCUUCAGUGUGUACACACAUCAUUUUGUGGUAGCUUUGUUGCACCUUCAUAGGUUUUAGUGAAGGGGUGACCUAUUAUGUCUUAUCUUUUAGGACUGAUAGAUACUUUAUUAAUCCCAAGGGGAAAUUCACAUACUCCAGCAGCAGCAUACUGAUGAUAAAACAAUAUUAAAUUACAUAGUAAUAA